CACACAUCGCCUUGUUAUACCUUAAAAAUACUCAUGGUGUCAGUGUGUACCAGUGAACAAGAAGUCACGGUCAUUCUCCACCCUUCAGUGUCAUCGAAUUCAAAGCCUGUUUCUGUUUUUGUGCCGCAGUUCACAAAAACUGGUUCGUCUCUGAGUGCAAUGUAAUGUUUUUGAUCAUUGUAAGAAUUCGCGGUUGCAUCUUAGAUAUAUUUUCAGCUAUUUAGUAAUAAUUUAAAUGUGAGUAGGCUCUUUUUGGCAGUUACAAUGGGAUACAGCAGAUCUGCGCUGCACUGCGGCCUGGCUUUCAUUUUCCUUGCCAUCCACCCCGUCUAUGGAGAUGUGAGCUACUCUAUUCCGGAAGAGAUGAAACGUGGAUCUGUAAUCGGAAAUAUUGCAAAGGAUCUUGGACUUGAUUUGGGCAGACUAUCCGCUCGUAAAGCUCGUAUCGAUACCGAGGAUAACAGUGUUAAGUACUGCGGUGUGAAUCUCAACACCGGAGACUUGGUUGUACAAGAAAGGAUUGACAGAGAAGGGCUUUGUGCGAAAAAAGCAUCGUGUGUUCUAAAACAGGAACUCGUUCUGGAAAAUCCAUUAGAGCUGCACCGUAUUAGUAUCCGUGUUCAGGAUAUUAAUGACAAUUCACCACAGUUUAAAGAAGAUUCACUUAAAUUUGAAAUUCAUGAAAUGGCAGAUAAAGGCUCGCGUUUUCUCCUGGAUGAGGCGCACGAUGGAGACAUCGGAGAAAAUGCUGUUCAGGGCUACUCACUUCAGCAGAAUGAUCACUUCAAACUUAAUGUUAAGUCAAAAGGUACUGGCAGAAAAUAUGGUGAAUUGGUUUUAGACAAAGAAUUGGACAGAGAGGAAAAUAAAGAGAUUAUGUUAUUACUUACCGCAUUUGAUGGUGGCUCUCCUCAGAGGUCAGGUACUGUAGUCAUACACGUCACUGUACUGGAUGCUAAUGAUAAUGUACCAGAGUUUAGCCAGGCCGUUUAUAAAGCCAGUCUGCCUGAAAACUCUCCUCUGGAUACAUUGGUGAUCACAGUGAGUGCAACUGAUGCAGACGAUGGAGUGAACGGUGAAGUUACUUAUGGAUUUGACGAUGUUUCAGAUGAAAACCAAGUUUUCUCUCUAAACCCUAAAACCGGAGACGUUAAAGUGGCUGGGGCUAUUGAUUAUGAAAAAGAAUCUUCAUAUGAAAUGCAGAUCAGCGCUAAAGAUGGCCUGGGAUUGGCGUCAUAUGCAACUUUAAUAAUUGAAAUUACUGACAUAAAUGAUAACGCUCCUGUUAUUUACCUGAAAUCACUGUCUAACCCCAUACCUGAGAACGUGUCACCUGGUACAGAGGUGGGCAUCAUUAACGUGCAGGACAGAGACUCUGAGAAUAACAGACAGGUCCGCUGCUCCAUUCAGCAAAAUGUCCCUUUUAAAUUAGUUCCCUCAAUUAAAAACUAUUAUUCUCUGGUGACCACAGGACAACUGGACCGUGAACUAGUGUCUGAUUACAACAUUACAAUCACUGCCACUGACGAGGGCUCUCCACCUCUGUCCUCCUCUAAAACUGUUCAGUUAUCUGUAGCUGACAUCAACGACAACCCACCUGUGUUUGAGGAACAGUCCUACAGCGCAUAUGUGACAGAAAAUAACAAACCUGGCUCCACUUUAUGUUCCGUUAGUGCUCGAGACCCCGACUGGAGACAAAACGGUACAGUGAUUUAUUCUCUGUUACCUGGUGAGGUGAACGGUGCCCCGGUGUCCUCCUAUCUGUCUGUUAACGGAGACACGGGGGCGAUCCACUCUGUGAGGUCGUUUGAUUAUGAACAGUUCAGGAGCUUUAAAGUCCACGUGAUGGCCAGAGACAACGGUUCUCCUCCUCUGAGCAGCAACGUGACCGUCAGUGUCUUCAUAUCGGAUGUGAACGACAACUCUCCUCAGAUACUGUACCCCGGCCCGGAGGGCAAAUCCUUCAUGACCGAGCUGGUCCCCAAAGCUGCACACGGAGGCUCUAUGGUGUCCAAAGUGAUAGCGGUGGACGCGGACUCCGGACAGAACGCCUGGCUGUCCUAUCAUAUAGUCAAAUCGACUGAUCCGGGACUUUUCACUAUUGGUCUCCACAGCGGAGAGAUCAGGACACAGCGGGACAUUUCUGAAUCUGACAGCAUGAAACAGAACCUUAUUGUGUCAGUGAAAGAUAACGGACAGCCCUCUCUCUCUGCCACCUGUUCCAUGUAUUUACUUAUUUCUGAUAACUUGGCUGAGGUGCCAGAACUGAAGGAUAUUUCUUACGAUGAGAAGAAUUCCAAACUGACCUCUUAUCUGAUCAUCGCGCUGGUUUCUGUGUCUACAUUUUUUCUGACCUUCAUUAUCAUCAUUCUGGGUGUGAGGUUUUGUCGCAGGAGAAAGCCCAGACUGUUGUUUGACGGAGCAGUCGCCAUCCCCAGCGCUUAUCUCCCUCCUAAUUACGCAGAUGUUGACGGCACAGGAACUUUACGCAGCACUUACAAUUAUGACGCCUACCUGACAACAGGUUCUAGAACCAGUGACUUUAAGUUUGUGACAUCAUACAAUGACAACACACUGCCUGCUGACCAGACUCUGAGGAAAAGUCCAUCAGACUUUGCUGAGGCCUUUGGAGAUUGUGAUGCUUCUCCUGAGGUAAGAUGAUUUUCAUUUUCUUUUCUCUGUAAAUCUCACAUUGUACACUUUUUAAAGUUAGUUAAAAUAGUAUUACAGCCUCAUCAACACCACACUCAAUUCCCACAAUCAAUAUCCAAUACAACUGACCUAGAAUGAGUUUCUGCCUAUUUUUCUGUCUCUUUUCUUUAUCUCUUUUCCUCACUUUCUCCUUUUCACCACAUGGGGACUGUUGAAAUCAGCCAACAUAACCAAAAUUAUUAAUGUUUAUAAGACACAUUUCUUCUAAAUUAUUUCUUUUGAAGUUAUAUAUAUGCAAGACUGAAAUUUUAGCCAGCAGUUCUGUAACACAGGCAGCUGCAUUGCUCUUAUUUGUGCAUGCUAUGUGAUUCUACCCUAGGCUUUAAACGACAUGAAUAAUAAUAAUCCUGGCUGCUGCUGUGCAGUCAUAUCCUGAAUAAUGCACAAUCAUGAUGUGCAGAAUGUUAUGCUCUGCGGCUGUAUAUGCUAAUACUGUGUGUGAGCAGGGGACCGUGCAAGGCACUAUCGUGACCCAUUUUAAGAUAGGCAUUCCUACCUGUGCAGACAUCAUGUUUUAAGUACAUGCAGAAGUAUAGUGCUGUGAAAUUUGCCAGUAUUUGUUCAUGCUUGUGGAUGAAUGUUGCAGCAGUUUCAUACUAGAUGUUAAUUCCACAACUCAAAUGUAGGUCACUGGGCUCAUCAGUUAGAUUGGAUCAAGAGGGAGGAGAUUAUCUAUCUAUCUAUCUAUCUAUCUAUCUAUCUAUCUAUCUAUCUAUCUAUCUAUCUAUCUAUCUAUCUAUCUAUCUAUCUAUCUAUCUAUC